AUGGAACUGAUGGAGCACAGUUUCCGCCCCGUUAUGGCUCACUUUAACCCCUGGAUAGCAGACAGUGAAUGUGAAGUUGCUGUAACCGAGGACCCUGGGGCAGGAUCGUAUCCCAGAUGGACGUAUGACCCGUCUCAGAAGUUGUGUAAAAACAUCCGACUGAAAGAGUCUGUCACUGGCAGCAACAUAUUCCAGACUAUAGCGGACUGUCAGAGACGGUGCAUCCAGGAGAAUGCCGAGGUUUACCCCAGAGCAGAUGAUGCGUGUGAUCUGCCGCAGGAAACAGGUCCCUGUAUGGCGUUGAUUCUCAUGUGGUAUUAUGACAAGACGCGUCAAGCCUGCGACACGUUUUUUUAUGGCGGCUGUCAGGGAAAUGGUAAUAGAUUCGACAACAAGGAUAAUUGUACAAAACUCUGUGUCAUCCCCAAGAAAGGAAAGUCCGGUGGUUCGUCUCUGUCGGAGGAACCCUCCGAUUCACAAAAUGAUGCAGGUCUCAUCAUUGGGAUUGUGUUUGGAUGUGUAUUUGGAGCAGCUUUCCUCAUCACCCUUGGAAUGUACCUAGCACAGAGGAAGAAAGUGAAGAAGCAGCAGCACAAGCUGGUCCCGGCCACAGAGAUGAAAUAACGUCAGUAAAAGAUGGAGAACAUGAAACGUUUUAUAAAGAAAAUACAUGAACAAUAAA